CUAUAGGAUUUGCCAUUCACUGGGAAAGAUGGUCUGGAAUUGAAAUGUAUUUAAAUUUUCCGACAUUUUCCGGGCCCAAAACACUGCUGGAAAAUGUUAUUCCGCUCAGCGAAAAGCAAGUUCGACGCCGGCGACGUGAUGCGUCGAAUGAAGCGCCUGGCGGAGGGCACCAUGUCCUCCUACCGCCGACUGUUCCUCCUGCUCCUCUGCGUCUGUGUGGUCUUCUAUAUGAUUCCGCCGAUCUUUCGCUAUAUUUUCCUUAGUGCCCCCGAACAGAAAGAUCCCCACAGCAUGUGCAUGGACGAUCGGCUGACGCCUUUUUUCCUGCCAAAUUCUGAGUUUGAUGCCAAUAUUCGUCACGUGUCACCAGCGAAAAUACCCGGCGACAGCGAUUACACGCCCUACGUGGGAAACGGCUAUCUGGGCUUGGAGAUCGCCCACGACGCCUUCCUUAACAUCAAAAAUGGCAGGGCCAUGCAGCUUCCUAUUCGCUUUCAGCCGGUGGUUUCCGUGUCGGGUGGACCCGCAUCUGGUGGCGAAAAGGAGGCCACUGUCGUCGAGUAUUUGACGGGAAUGGUCCACCGAUUCCAGUGCUUCGCGGGCUAUUUUGUUUCCUACACCUACUACGCCCAUCGCACUCAGCCUAAUAUCUUCAUGCAGGAGGUGCAGAUCACGAACACCAGGAACCUCUUGGAGGACAUCGAGUUGAUCAUGCCACGCGUCAAUCUGCAAAAGCUCAGCAGGCGAACAGUGGCCCUUAGUGAAACCGCCUCGGUUGGAGUGUUCACCUACACAGAGCUGGAGGUGCUCUCGGGCAUAGUGCAGCCCCACCCAGAAACUCCCAGUAAAUCCAUUGUUAUAAGCAUAGUAAAACCACAGUUGGAUUCCAAAUUGCAGCUUAGAAAGCGAGGCACAGUUAGAAUUGUGUAUCCCAUAGCAGUUCAAUACACGAAACCUGUGCCAGAUGCGCAAGUCAAGGGCUUGAGCGAAGCCACCGAGCAGCAGGCCACUCAGGCGAUGACCAAGCUACUCCAGAAACUUGGCUCCAAGGCGUCGAAUCCGGGAUCCCAGAAUAGCAUUAACACCUACCGCCAGGAGCACAUCGAUGUGUGGACGGAUCUGUGGGCCACUGGCUUUACGAUAAGCACCUCCAAGGCGGAGAACAGUCUAAACGGCGACCGCAUCAAUGCCACAAUGUAUGCUGUUCUCUCGCAGGUGCGCAGCUUUGAGUUCGAGGAGACGGGUGCCUCUAAAAAAGAGGAGAUUGCGAAGGCACUCACCUACGCCGAGGGUUGCUACGAUUCGUAUCACACUCUGCAGGCGGAAAAUCUGUGGCGAGAGAUGUCAAAUCUGCAACAGCUCAAUUCCCUGGUUACAUCGUGGAUGUUAACAUUGGAAAAGCAAGGCUGUCACAAUCUUAUACGAGCUGGAGCCUCGGGCGUAAUCCAAGGCAUGGUCCUGAGCUUUGGCAGCUUUCGUUUUAGCAAUCAGCAUCUUGAGUGCAAUAUCCAUCCGAAGUUCCUGCACAGGGACUUUCAUUUCAGGCGCCUCAAUUACGGCAAUAAAACCCAUGUCAAUGUCACCAUUAUUGUGAAGGAUGACAACAAGGCGGUUAUCAAUGUGGCGCUGGACCGCUCUGACAGGAGUUACUAUGCCUGCGAUGGCGGUUGCCUGGAUGAGCCCGUGCUGCUAACGCCCAAUCGACGACAAUUCCCAGUUAAACUGACUGAACCUCUAACAGCAAUAUUAUACAUAACCGAGGACAAGCAGCACAUGGAGGAGUUGCACCAUGUGCUUCACGUUAAGGAAGUGGUCGAAGCUCCUGCCCAUGAACAACAUCUAAUCGCCCUGCAUCGGCAUGGCCACCAACUGGGUGGAUUGCCCACGCUUUUCUGGGUUUCCGUGUGUGCAAUAAUCAUAGUAUUCCACAUAUUCCUGUGCAAGCUCAUUAUCAAGGAGUACUGCGAACCGAGCGAUAAGUUAAGAUAUCGUUAUAACAAACCGUGAUCCUAGUUGUAUAUAAAAAUUGGAUGCUAGUAAAAUAUGAUUACCUAAUGAAAAAUUAA